AUGGGCGAACCCAGUGUUCGGGAUUUCCAGGCGAACUCGACCUCGCCCAUCACGUCGACUUCUCCGCGUCGGGCCUCUCAAGCCCCUCAGUUUCGGUCGCCCUUCGCCGAAAAUCGAGCUCGCGCGCAGUCCAGCCCGGGCGGGAGCACGCAUAUACCUUUCACGCCGACGCCCGCCUCUCGGCGCCAUCAGACCGUCGCUGAACCGGAGCCGCUUGCUCGUUCUACGUCCUAUGCAUCGCGCGCAUCUAUCCAAUCCCGUCGCCGACCGGAACGAUCGAACACCAUACGCGAAUAUCACUCUCCGACUCGACCGAUCUGGGAAGUCGCUGGUGCAGAGCCGGGUGUCGAUACAAAGGAUGGAACCGCACAUCCUCAUUACAUCGGUCUCCACCAGGAGUGUGGCAUCACGGUUGUGGAUUUUAGCGAGGAUGUCAUAGUAGAGACCGAGCUUACAAAUGAGACACUCGAGGAGUUCCUGCUCGAGGAGCAACCGGAGAAAACGAAAUGUCGGUGGAUAAACGUAAACGGGCUGAGUUGGGAUGUCAUCCAGAUGCUAGGCAACUAUAAGAAGUUGCAUCGGCUGGCAAUUGAAGAUCUGAUGAAUACACGAGGUUCAAGAACCAAAACCGAUUGGUACUCUGACCAUUGCUUUGUCCUCCUAACCCUUCAAAAGUUAGUGAAACUCGGCCCACUCCACCUAGAAGGUGACGAAGUUUCCCUUUCAGAGAUGCUCGAACGACGCCCAAGUUAUUGGAAACGUCUAUGGAGAAAAGCCCAUGAUGACUCCAGCAUUCUCGUCGAUAAUGGUGGACCAACACUCGAGAAGCUCGGGGAUACGACCUGGGCACACAGUGUCCGAGCCGAACCGAAACGAUUCAUGGACAUCAGAAGCCUACAACGGUUUCGUGGUGGCUCAAGUAAACGAAGCUUAUAUAUGGAGCGAAAUUCUCCGCUCUUGAAGAAGCAGCUUGCUGUCAGCGUAGAGCAAGUUUCUAUGUUCCUUUGUUCUGAUAAUACGGUCAUAUCAUUUUUCGAACACUCCGCCGACGACAUCGAGCAACUCAUCCUUCCACGUCUGCGGACUGACGACACUAUCUUGCGGAGGAGUUGUGAUGCAAGUAUGAUUGUGCAGGCUAUGAUCGACGCAAUCACUGAUCUUGCGAUGGCGGUCGUGGCUGCAUAUGAGGAUGUGAUGGCCGAGGUGGAGUUAGACGUCUUGAUUGAUCCGGACAUGGAUCACUCUAGGACUUUGUACAUACUGCAAACGGAGCUGGUGCUGCUUGCCAACAACAUACAUCCGAUUUCCGCGUUGAUUAACACGCUUCGCGAUCAUCGCGAACUGCUGCAAGGCACGGUGGGCAAGAAGGAGGACCACGACGCGAACCCGGCUAGCAGGUCACACGGGGAUGUUUCGUCCUCCGUCCAGAUCAGCCCCUUGGCGUACACUUAUCUGGGUGACGUUGACGACCACUCUAUCAUUAUCACCCAAAGUUUGAGGCAGAUGUCUCGUUCCACAGAAGCCCAGAUCGACUUCAUCUUUAACUCUAUGACGAGUCAGCAGAAUGAGUCGGUCUUAAGUCUGAGCAUCAUAAACCUAAUCUUUAUGCCUCUCACGUUCCUGGUUGGUUACUUCGGAAUGAAUUUCGAAGAAUUCCCGGCUAUUAGGGACCAUAGCGACUCGUAA